CGCUCCAGAGGGGCAGGACCGUGCGCUGAGGGUGAAGCUAGGGGGAGGAGGCGCAUCUAGUGAUUUAUUCGAACGGAGUGUAGAUUGAUAGGGAGCCGCUGCGUUCUUGCUGUGCGCACUCGGAUGUGAGCGGAAUCUCGCGAAAUCGCAACUUUUUGGUUGCAAUUUUCUUAUUCAAAGACCGCGAAAGUUUUGUUUGGUUGUCUGGAGAAGUCGGAAGGAAUUCAUUGUGCACAUAUCUGAAGAUUUCAUUUGAACGACUGAGUGCCAUUUAGGACAACUCUUGUGCACAGAAGUCAGGAUGUCAAAUAUUUCUGUGAAUGACCAUCUUGAGGGGAUAUUGUCUGACUUUGAGGCGCUGAAGCGAUCCUUUGAUAUUGACGAUGUGGACGAGAUCCCAGCCUUCUCCCCAGCGUCUCCUGUCACUUCCCCCAUAAGCCCCACCUCCAUUCUCAACAAGACCAAUGAGAGCCGGAGUCCGUCGAAUCACAUGUCCUCGGCCUACCGCUCCCGGAUCAGCGUGGGUUCGAGUCCCGCCCAGAGCCCUGUGCAGAAGUCCAGGAUGGUCUCCAGUCUGUCCUUCAACCGGGGCACCAUGGGCAAGCCAAACAUCCACGCCAGCACUGGCAUCAACCGAGCCGCGUCCUUCCAGAACAAGUUCAACCCCAACGGAUUCAACUCGUCGUCAGGCCCCGGCAGUGACAACGACAGCCUGCACAGCUCCUCCUCCAGCCUGGAGUACCAGGCCUCGUCCAAGCUGAACUCCUACGCCACCAGCCCCCCGCAAAGCCCCAUGUCAGGGGUCGGGGAGUACAACAAGGCCCCCUGCAUGACCAGCCCCGUCCUGAAGAAGUUCUCCUCGCACGGGAACGUGUUCCACUCGGAACUGGAGAACCCUCUGGUCAUCCCCACCGAGCCCAUGGGCAUCACCCACGGCUCCAUGCCCUCUCUGGAUCUCCAGAUCGAGAGCGGCGGCAGCAGUGGGAUGAGGCGCGUGGUCUCGCCCGGCUCCCGCUUCGCCAACGCCGGCGUGCCGUGGAACAACGUCCCGCACCGCGGGAUGCAGAAUGCCAGCCCGUACGGUAAGGAGCCUCCGUAUUCACCUCCCAACCACCAGCCGCAGCAGUCCCCCAAGCCCAAGGAGCGGGCCAAGCUCAACAAGUUCCCCCUGGAUCUGGACAGCCUGGUGGCCAAUAAAUGCCAGGUGGUCGAGGCCACCGGCGCCCCCCCGAAACCCCCUCCGAGGUUCCUGCCCUGCUCCAGCAGCCCGUCCAUGUCCACCAGUCCCUCCGCCUCCAUCAGCAGCCUGGACAGCACUGACCUGACCCUCGUCCACCACCACAACAACAACAACAAUGUGGAGAAGAGGGAGCCGGUGUGCUCCCAGCCCGGUGCCAUGCCCGUGCCCUGCGUCAGCCCGUCUCCCGUGCCACUCUCGCCGGCCCAGACCCCGCAGCUCAACCUGGCCUCCCAGCCGCAAGUCGUCCAGCUCUCCCCGGUCACCCCGCCGCCACAGCUGCCGCCGUUCGCUGUCCCGGACCACAGCGCUAACGAGGCCGACCUCGACGUGACCCAGGCCAAGGAGAGCGUUGGCUCGAUACUCCAGAGGAUUGCCUCCUUCUCCCGGGUGGAUGCCAAGGUGCCAGCCCAAAGCCCCAUCCUUCCUUUCAGCAAUGGCAUUAAGAGGGAGUCACCAGCCUUGCAAAGGCAGGAGCAUGCCAGGGAGGAAGACACGGUCCAGGAGCUUCAGCUGGAGCUGGAGGCGCCCGCUCAGAUGGAGGAGAGGGAGAGGGAGGUGGAGAGGGAGGUGGAGAGGGAGGUGGAGGACUACAAGAGGGGAGAGGAGGAGAUGGAGCAGGAGCAGCAGCAGCAGCCUCCACUCGCCCUGACCGAGAGUGGCCUCCCGGGCAUCAUCAAGGGCAAAGACCUGUUCGGCUACGUGGGCAUCGAGGCCGUGCUGGACCAGAUGAGGCGCAAGACCAUGAAGGCCGGCUUCGAGUUCAACAUCAUGGUCGUCGGUCAGAGUGGCCUGGGCAAGUCCACGCUGGUGAACACGCUGUUCAAAUCCAAGGUCAGCAGGAAAUCCUGCACCCCCAAUUACGAGGAGAAGAUCUCCAAGACAGUGCACCUGCAGUCUGUCAGCCACCUUAUCGAGGAGAAAGGCGUCAAGAUGAAGCUGACGGUGAUUGAUACUCCGGGCUUUGGAGACCAAAUCAACAAUGACAACUGCUGGGAGCCCAUCGUGAGUUACGUGAACGAGCAGUACGAGAAGUACCUCCAGGAGGAACUCCAUGUCAACAGGAAGAGGCGGAUCCCCGACAGCCGCGUGCACUGCUGCGUCUACUUCCUGCCUGCCACUGGGCACCGGUUACGGUCCAUUGAUAUCGAGUUCAUGAAGAGGCUUGGGAAGAUCGUGAGCAUUGUGCCAGUCAUCGCCAAAGCCGAUACGCUCACCAUGGAGGAGCGUCUGGAGUUCAAGCAGCGGAUAAGACAAGACCUGCAGGCCAACGGCAUCCGAGUGUACCCACAGAGCGAGUACGACGAGGACGCAGAGGACCGGAUACUCAACGACAAGAUCAGGGAAAAUAUUCCAUUUGCAGUGGUCGGAACAGACAAAGAGCACCAGGUGAACGGAAACAAGGUCCUGGGAAGGAAAACCAAGUGGGGAAUUAUAGAAGUUGAAAAUGUUGCACAUUGCGAGUUUGCCAACCUGAGAGAUCUACUGAUCAGGUCUCACCUGCAAGAUCUGAAGGACGUCACCCACAACAUCCACUAUGAGACCUACAGGGUAAGACGACUUAACGAGAGCAACGCCAACGGACUGGGCCUCUCUGUCCUGGGCCUGGAGAACGGUACCUCAGAGAAGAGCGAGACCGAGAGCCACCUCUGAGUGGCCAGAGGGGGGACGGUGGCAGCUGCAGCAGCAGCAGGACGGAGACGAAAAAAAGAUGAAACGGGAUGAAGACAGAAAGAAAGAAGAGGAAAAGGAGGAGGAGGAGGACGAGGAGGAGGAAGUGGAAGAGUUCUAUGCCGUCCCCUUCGCCUUCGUCACUCUGCAGAUGGGACGAUCCGCCAUUUUGUGAGAAAAAGAAAAUGACAAAAAAAAAGUGGAGGAGUGAGGAUUUUUUUUCACCCCGAAGAAGACCAUGUGGAGUGCGUCUUCUUUGGACCAUAUAGAAAAGACGAUCCCACCUUGACUAAAGACUUUAUUUUCUGCUAUGUAAGGCAUUUAAACACCAUAUUCAAAUGUAUUUUUGUGAGAUGGGUUUUGUGGUAACGGUCGGGCAGGCUGAUGGGGGAUGGGGGAUGGGGGAUGGAUUGGGGGGGGGGGGGUAUCGAACAGUGAAAGGAGGGGCGGUGGGAAUGUGCCCGAAAAAGUGUCUUCUUUGUGAGAGAGAAGUACAGAUUGUAUGUGUGACAGAGAAAGAGAGGGAGAGAGAGAGGGGGAGAGAGAGGGGGAGAGAGGGAGGGAGGAGACAGUGUGUCUGAGGCUUUGAUCAUUCAUUCACUCUCCCCUGCAGCUCUUUUGCAUUAUUCGUUCCUUCCUUUCCUCCCUCCUUUCAUUCUCCUUAUUCUGUCCAUACUUGUGUAGUCUCUCACCCUUCCUCUUUUCUCUCCUCAUCACACUGAAAGGCUGGAUGAAGAAUUGUGUAGUUGGUGGUACACUGCAAGUCUUAGAGGCCCCGGGCACACUGAACGUUACACUCACAGUGCAGAGAGAGGCUCUAAAUUGUCGCUUUAAAAAAGUCUGCUGCACCUCCAUGCUCGUAAUGAACAAGUAUUGUGGUCCCUGCCCCGCACACACACAUAUACAAACAUACAAGUUGCUUUUUUUAAUUUCUAAACGUUAAACAAAUCUUUCUAAGUUGUUUAUUAUGGAGGUUUUUUUCAUCGUUGCGUUUAACAUAUUUUGUUAAGAUAUAGCUGCUGAGGGGCACACGAUGUAGACGCAGGUGUAAAACCCAUAUCUGAGUUUAAAGAUGAGAAAUAACAUUUUAUAUACGUUUGAAAUUAUGUCUCAAUUAUGUUUCUUCCAGUAAUGCUUUAUUUUGCAAUGCCCUGUCAAGUUCAGUAGAAAAGCAAAAAUCCUUUUUUGUUGUUCUUUGUAUGUAAAGGGAGUCAAAACAUUUCCUGUUCUUUAAAUAGUGACUGUGAAGAAUACUUGCAGCAACAGUGCCAUCCUAUGGUGAGUGUAGUGAAUGACAGGCUGAGUUCCCCCCCCCCCACUUCAUUCGACUGCAGUAAGUCAUUAGUUGCAAAGAUACUGUCAAAUAGCCUCAUCGUGAAAUUGUUUUGCUUUUUUUGUUUUGUUUUCUUCUAAGAGUUUAUUUCCCAUUCACUACCAACAAUCCAUUCUUUUAAAGGUACACUUUUCACACAAUCGUCCCAGGCAUUUAUUCUACAAUAAAAUGUGGAUGUUUAAUGGCUUACUCUUCUAUUCUUUGACAUUACUGUACAUAUCUAUAUUGACUUAUUUUUGUUGCCACCAAUGUUUUUUACUCAACCUGUACUAACAGUUAAGACAUGAUUUUCCCUGUCUUCAAUAUUAAUAAACACCAUUGAUUUAUGAUUAAA